AUGGGGGGAUGGGUUUUUGUGGAAUUCUUAUGCGAUCUGUUGUUGGAUGAAAACCAACCAAUUACAGAGCGAUUUAGAGCUUUCAGUCUGCGCCUUAUCGGUAGCCAUCCCUCUGCCAUCAAUUCCUUCAUCAAAGCAAUGAGGGAUGAUUCAACCCUGUUGGCAUAUGAGGCCGCAUAUCGGUUGGGCCGGACUCGAAAAUCUGAUGCUAUCCAUGCAUUAAAGGCCGUUGUAGAGGAUUUUUCCUUGCAUCCUAUUGUUAGCGUAAAGGCUGUAGAAUCUCUUGGUGCAUUUGGUUUAGAGACUAGUAUUCUAGUUUUGCAGACUAGUUUCCAAUCGGAUCCAUCUCCAGAAGUUCGAGAUACAUGUGAAGUGGCUCUUACUCAAAUUAGGGAACUAAAAAAAUGCCACUCUCAAUAA